CAUUACAAACAAUGCAAAGAAAAAUAAAUAGUCUAGAAACAAUAACAAGCAAUAGUAAACAUUGUGCGUAAAUUGGAGAAAAUAAUGCCAGAAAGUGCAUUGCCAGAUCCAAUUCGUGCCGCGUUAAACGGCAGCACUUUCGGACAACGUCGCGAGGACAUAUUUCGACGCCUGCAGCAAACUGCGCAACAAACAAGUCAAAAUUAUAGUGGGAAACGUGAAUUGGCCACCGAGCGUGACGAUGUCGUGCAGGAGUUGUGUGAAGCUUUGGAAGAAACCUUCGCCUAUGGUCUGCGUCAAUCUUUGAAUGUUUCGCUGUCUGCUGUUACUCUCUUCCAAAAUAUGCACGAAAUUGUUUUGGGUAGCAAUGGCAAUGGAGGAGGUGGAGCAGGAGGCAGCGGGGGAGAAAACACAUUCUGGGAUUUCUGUCAAUCGCACUUAACGCCACACGAACGACAGCGCUACGAAGGCCUGAAACAAAUAUGGACCAAGCAUGGACGUGGACGUGCCUUCAUCCGUGCUACGCUCAAUGAGAAGCGACUACACAGUCAUCUGCUUACAUGGCUGAGUGACGAGUCGCAAAUUCAACGCUACUACACUCCUUGGUCGCUGCUGCUCAAUGAGGAGGCGGCCAAGCAACUGCCCGACAUUAUUGGCAGUCUCCAAGAUGUGCUCUUUGCCCUCAAUGUUGAGAAUCCCGAACUUAACGCAGCCAAACGUCAGUCUUCGCAAGCAGUUAAUGUGGUCAAAGAGGAACCCAUCAUAUACUCAUCCCCACCUGUUCCAGUAUCUCUUCGAAAAACAGGGCGCACAGCAUCUGCGGUGGAACGACCAAUUGUGUGUGCAACAUCCACCGAGGAUCUGUUGGGUGCGCUGAGUCCGCGCGAAAUGCUCGAAGUGCAGCAAAUCAUAUCAAAAGAUGCAGUCGAGCAUGAGUUGCAGCUGGAACACAGCACACAAAUGGAACGUGUAACAAUACCAUGUGAUCCCAUCGAACCAGAGCUCGAAUUUCUUAAGACUCCGCUUCCCGAUGUAUAUCCUACGAGUUCGGACACAACAACGACAGUUACGGAUCAAGAACUCUUUGAAGAUCGCAGUGACACUUCAUCGCAGUGGAGCAAGUCAUCGUCCUCGGCGAAUGGAGCUAGCAACAGUCAACAUACAGCUGUAUUGGAGGACCAAGUGAUGCGUUUGAAUGAAAAGUGUGCAUUGCUUGAGACACGCGUUGCCGAAUUGACGCGACAGAAUCGUCAAUUGGUUCGUCGCUUAACCAAACAGUUCAAUGAAACUGGCAUCGAUCCGGCCUCAUCGUUUUGUUCCAACUUUUUGAUAACCAUUCCACAGGUGAAACUCGUGAAGACGCAGCGCUCCGGCUCGCAUUAUGUUUACGAAAUCCAUAUCACAAUGCGCCAGCAGUUAGAGCAUUGGACGCUCUUUCGACGUUAUAAUGAAUUUAAUAAAUUGCAUAAAUCGUUGCUGCGCACUCAUCCCAACAUUAGUUCCAUUGAGUUUCCGCCCAAGAAGCAUUUUGGCAAUAUGAAUCUUGUAUUUGUGGAGGAACGACGACAGCAAUUGCAAAUAUAUUUGCUCAAUAUUGUGGAGACACUACCUCAGGUGGAAGGCUGCAAGACAAAGGGGGAACUGCAAAAGGCGUUUCCAUUUUUUCGGGAGCGAUAGCGGGGACAACCGAACUGGACCAAUCUCGAAAUGACAUUGAAAAGUAUUUUGUUAUGUUUAUUAUUUAAAUAUGUAUAAAUGGGAUGUAGGCUUUGUAAACAGUCACCAAGUGCUGAUAUUAAAUAAAUAUAUAAGUACACAUUUCACUUUUCAA